GAUGACAUUCUGAGGCUGGAUACCAUUAUUCUUUCUCCAUGGAUGUGCCACCACCAUUUAAUUAAUACACAGGUUGAGAAGUGGAAUAUAAAUGUGAGGCCUUUCAACAACUUCUUCUUCUUCAUCAUCGUCUGUCAUCGUGGUUGUCAAGUGAAAAAUGUUCAGUAAUUCUCGAACCAGAUGCAGCAACACAGAACAGCAACCAUGUCUAAGGUAUGAAAUUCCAAAUUCUUCAUCAAAUAAUCAAGAGCGUCUUCGUGCUUGCACGACGAGAUCAUCAUCAUCAUCAGGUAACAAUCAAGAACGUCGUCGCCGGGCCAAGUUUAAAUCCAACAGCAAAGGUAGUACUGACAGCCUGCAACUAAAUGAUGAUCAUCCGAGAAAGCGUGCGCUGCUUUGCGGAGUUAGUUACAGGCAACGGAAAUUCAAACUCAAGGGUACUGUCAAUGAUGUUAACAACAUCGAAUCUUUGCUGAUUACCACUUUUCGUUUUCCACCGGAGAAUAUCAUCGUCCUCACAGAGAAAGAGCAAAACAAAGAUCUGAGUCCGACGAAGAAGAACAUUCAGAGAUAUUUGAAAUGGCUUGUGGCCGACUGCCAGAAAGGCGACUCACUGGUGUUCUACUUCUCUGGGCACGGGCUCCGACAACCUGAUUUCAACCAAGACGAGCAAGAUGGGUUCGACGAAACAAUCUGUCCAGUUGAUUUCAUGGAAGAAGGCAUGAUUCAUGACAACGAAAUUAAUUCCACCAUUGUUCAGCCUCUCACUGAGGGUGUCACACUACAUGCAAUUAUCGAUGCCUGUCAUAGUGGAACCAUGCUCGAUCUUAUCCAUAUCUACGACACAGAAAAGAAGGAGUGGACAGAUAACCGCCCUCCCAAUCCAUCAAUAUGGAAAGGUACAAAAGGUGGAUUAGCAAUCUCCAUUAGCGCUUGCGAAGAUCAUGAAUUUGCUGCUGAUACCACUGCUUUGAGUGCAGACGCGACAAUGAAUGGUGUAAUGACAUUCUUUUUAGUACAAGUAGUGAAGGAACAUCGUGAAUUAACUUAUGAAGCUUUGCUCGACUUGAUAAACGAGAGAAUCGAACAAGCUAACUUAGAAGGUUGUGCUCUAGCCAAGGUAAUCAGAAGAUUGUUUUGCGGCAACAGAAUAAUACAGAGAACUCAACUUUCAGCUUCAGAGCGCUUUGAUGUUGCGGAAAAGCAUUUUGUUUUGUAGACACAAAGCUUCUCAAGGAUCUCUCCAAAGCACCAAACAUGAAGAGUCUCUUCUUGUUUUUCAUUCCACCAACACAUAUAAUUAACAACAAUCUUGUGCAUUUGUAUCCC